CUUCAGCAGUAGACAGAUGCAUCAGUUUUUAUGGAGAUAAUUAAUUUCCGGUACCCUAUCUUUGGUGGCUAACCACCAAAUGUUACAUUAACAUUUGGAGAAAUCUAAGUUCAGAAGUAUCAAGAAAUCCUCCUAUAACCUCACCUUGUGAGAGCGAAUCUACUCUCAGCCAUUGUGAAAUCGGUCCGCGCGAUGCACAUAUCUGUCUGCGGAGAGAAAAUCCGUGCCAUCUGACGUUGAAGGAUUUAUGGGUUUAUGCGAAAUUGCUUUCCCCACUGUGUAGAUUAAAUACCGUGGGAUGUUUUGUGUGCUGUGUCCGUAAAGCCGUGCAUUGUUGAGCACCGACAAAGACCACGAUGUUCAAAGAAGGCGCAGAGCUUCUUGCUUAGCUUUUAUUGUUUUUGGGAGAUUUGACUGUUGGAUUGUAGGCACCUCGAAUCCGACUCGUCUGGAGUGUGUGCACCAUGCAGACGGAUGUCUUGCUGUUGAUCUGUGUCUGUGUGCUAGGUGCUGCUGGAAGAUCGGUUCAUCACAGGGGGCAGAUGUUCGAAAAUUACAGCCAAACAAGAUCAAGAAGAGAAACACAAAGGGAGGGAGAGGGCGGUCACAAAUCCGGCAGCCCUAUCCUGAAAAGAAGUCCGGAUAUAACAAAGGCUUACAUGACGAAAUCCGAACAGCUGCUCAGAGUAGAUGAUCAUGACUUCACCAUGAGACCUGGGUUUGGAGGACCUGCCAUUCCAGUUGGCGUAGAUGUUCAGGUUGAAAGUCUUGACACAAUUUCUGAAGUUGACAUGGACUUCACCAUGACCCUGUACCUGCGACACUACUGGAAGGAUGAACGCCUGUCCUUUCCCAGCAACACAAACCAGAGCAUGACCUUCGAUGGGCGGUUGGUCAGGAAAAUCUGGGUGCCUGACAUGUUCUUUGUCCACUCCAAGAGGUCCUUCAUUCAUGACACCACCACAGACAAUGUCAUGCUUCGCGUUUUCCCUGAUGGCAAGGUUCUCUACAGCCUGAGGGUCACAGUGACUGCCAUGUGCAACAUGGACCUGAGCCGCUUCCCAUUGGACACACAGACCUGCUCCCUGGAGAUUGAGAGCUAUGCGUACACGGAGGACGACCUGAUGCUCUACUGGAAAAAAGGCAACGAAUCCCUGAAGACCGAUGAAAAGAUCUCACUCUCCCAGUUUCUCAUCCAGAAGUUCCACACUACCACGAAGCUGGCGUUCUACAGCAGCACAGGAUGGUACAAUCGGCUCUACAUCACCUUCACCCUGCGACGGCACAUCUUCUUCUUCCUGCUGCAGACCUACUUUCCCGCCACGCUGAUGGUCAUGCUGUCCUGGGUCUCCUUCUGGAUCGACCGCCGCGCGGUUCCUGCCAGGGUUCCUUUGGGUAUCACCACGGUGCUCACCAUGUCCACCAUCAUUACCGGGGUCAACGCUUCCAUGCCCAGGGUCUCCUACAUCAAGGCCGUGGACAUUUACCUCUGGGUCAGCUUCGUGUUCGUAUUUCUAUCAGUGAUAGAGUACGCCGCAGUCAACUACCUGACCACAGUGCAGGAGCGCAAGGAGAGGAAGCUGAGAGACAGGCUCCCCUGCACCUGCGGCAUGCCGCACACCUCCGCCCUGAUGCACAGCAGCUACAGCGACGUGGACGUCAACACCACGGGGAACUACAGCAUGCCGGAGGAGAACGGCGACAAGCGCGAGAGGAUCCUGGUGCAGCUGGCGCUGGCCGACGAUCGGACGGGGGUGGUGGGGAAGAGCCCCCGGAGCUACGCCAGCGUGUGGAUCGACACGCACGCCAUAGACAAGUACUCUCGGGUCAUCUUCCCCGGUGCCUACACCCUCUUCAACAUCAUCUACUGGUCCAUCUACUCAUAACACAUCGCCUCGCUCGGCCCAAGAUGCUCCAGCAAACCAAGACCAUGUACUUGGGAUACAAGUUAAGAAUCUUGUUUUUUUUAAAACUCAGUCUUGAUAAUGCUA